CCGUUGCCGAAUGUGCCCUAGCUAUCUAUAUAAAUUUGACUAACAGUUCUAACAUUUAACAUUCAUAUAUUUCUAGAAAACUUUUUUUUCUCUCUUUUACCAUUUUAUUUUUAGAAUUUUGUUUCUCGCGUAUAUGUACAUGUCAUCACGAGUUAGCACCUGACUACAACUCUGACUGCAUUAUUUUCAUAACUAGGUACGUUUACGCGGGGUCGUUGACGAAAUUGUUGCUUUAUAUAAAUAAUUUGGAGAUAUUUCUGCUGUGAAGUGGUCUUUCGCAUGUGAAUAUUUGUAAUUUUAUUGGAUUUAUGGUGAGGUAAGACGCUGCGCUAGCAUGUUCUGGAGAGAAGACGCUGUAACAGAGAGAAACAAUGCAACUCCGAGGUCAAUGCAUCAUGACAAACAGUUCUAUGUAGAGUGCGAUUGAGAGAGAGAAUGAUUCAACCGUAACCGGCACAUUGAGUUUAGUGGGAUAAUAAAUAUUUCGCAGGUAGCGUUUAGUGGGAUUCUAUUGUACUCUUUGAUAUACACUUCUCCGCAAAUAUUUUUAUAAUGAUGAGUAAUUCAGCAAAAUCUUUGUUCUUUUUUUAUUAUAAUGGUUCUUUAUUUGUACUUUGUAGCAUAUAUUGUCAAAUGUGGGUUAAGACUUUCUCCUCUUCUGGUUGUAUUGGUUUUACCUUUUUUGAGCAACUGGUUGUAUUGGUUUACAAAAUCCUAAAUUUUGAUAACGUGGCCAACAGAGGUUGCCAUAUCAAAAUAAUUAACAGUAGUUUGUGGGAAAAUUUGUAGUACUAGUCGAUGAAAUUACACCUGAGAGAAUAUAUAAAUCAUGUAAUGUAUAUACAUGAUACACAUUUGAUGAUGCACUCUUUAGUCCGCAACUGUGAUAUUGUUAUAUACUUAUAUAUAAAUGCGUAUGAAUUUGUUGAGGAAAAUUAUGCAGAAGCUAAACUAACUUAGACGCAAAGCAACGGUGGAGAGAUGUGAUGUCGUUUUCUUACAGAUGUUCUGUGCUAAGGUUUAAGUUUCAGUUUGCUUUACUUCAAAUUCUUAGUUUAAACCGGUUUAUAUUCCAAAUCAUUACUUAAAAUUUAAGAUCGAUAGAGUGGUUUCAUUUCUAAGAGUUGCAAAAUCACCCCAAUUGUCUAGUCAAGAAGUACGAUUUAUAUUCAUUUCAAUAGCUCUCAUAACCAUUUUACAAUAUACAUCUAAAGCAAUCUGCCAAUGCAAACAAGCUGGAGUCAGCCACUAAAAAUGGACGGUCCAUCGUCGUCAUAUAACUACAUUUGGGCUUACUUAGUGUAUAUGAUUAAUUAGGUUGAGAUGAUUUUUAAGCAUACAAUUAAAGUUGAAGUAGAUCUCCUUUGCUAUCUAAAGAAAAGUCGGCCCAGUUCCAAGGUAGGCCCAAAUAGAUUCAACAAUCAAAGCCCAAGCAGCAUCGGCUCUUUCCACAGAAAGAAGAUGAUAUAAGAGCAAAGCGAAAAGCUUGAGAGAAAAUAGUCUAGCAGCUUCCUAAAAGCAAACAAUGUACUACGGAAUGGAAGACGACAAAACAGACUUGGGGAGACUCGGUUCACUCGAAACGUACUGAUGCUCGACAAAUGUCACAAGAUUAAAGGGUUCAUCAUGUUAAGUUGCUAUAAAAGAGAGAGGGACGUCGAGGGUUAUCGUCGUCGUUCAUCCUCAAAAAAACCCUAAAGUUUCAACCUUUGCUAGUAAAAAAAAAACGAUGGAUUUGUUCUCCGCACCUUACGACAGUAAGUUCUCCCACAAAGUCUUCAACUUUAUAGUUCUGGUUUGAUUUCUAUGAUGGUUUAAAAAUACAAAACAAAACAAGAGACUUGAAAAAAUAGAAAAUGUCAUAUGUUACUGAUAAUUAAAGUAUUCACGUAUCGGAAGGUUUCUCCUUUCUGUCUUGAGAGUAUAUGUGUUUGUUGUUUGCUGUGUUUGUUGUUUGCUGUGUCCGCCGUACGUGUAAUAACUGCAUCUGUGUGUUUUUUUGGUCAGCGAAUGCGACAGGAGUGUUCUGGGACUUUGACGAAUGCGGUAUCCCCGAUGAACUCAAUGCCGCUGGGGUCUUACAGAGGAUGAGACAGAGUCUGUUGCAUAAGGGUCACCGUGGUCCUGUCUCGAUCCAGAUUUAUGGUGAUUUGACCGGUCUUGACUUUCAAUCCUCCGACAUCAAGCUCAAUCAUUUUCACUCAGGAGAGAAACGUGAGAAGAUGACGAAAAUCUUGGAAGACAUAGUUUCGUGGUCAGGUGAGAAUCCAGAACCAUCGGUGGGGUUGCUAGCCUUGGGAGACGUGGGAGACGCUGGAGAUGACAUUGUGGAGGUUGUUGAACUUCUCAAGAGUCAGAAAAACUACAGGUUUAUGGUUCUGACUCCUCCACCACUCCCACCAGCUCCUCCAACGGUGGUGAUUAUUAUGGCUCCUCUUCCUCGUGGUGGAUUCUAGUUUUUGGUUUUAGGAAGCUGAAGAAAAACAUUUUCAUGAAAAAUAACAGUUGUUUGCAUUUAGUAAAUGUUGGGAUACUCGGAAUUCUAUUUUGGAAACUUUUGUCAUGUCUCGGAAGCAAAGAUAAUUAUUAUUAGUAGAUGGGUUUAACUAUAUAUCCUUUUAAUUUUAAGAACCUCUUCUAUAAUUUAUUUUCUGCCUUUUUCGUUGAUUUCCAUAAAGCUAGGAAUCACUGAUUUAUACAUAUAAGUUUAUUAUGCAUCAUAUAAUUAGUACAAAUUUUCUUUGAACAAAAAUGUUUAUUUAACAACGAACUAGCAGGUUAAAUUACACUUGAGAGAAGAAUACAUAAUCAUGUAAUAUAUAUAUAUGAUAUAACCCCUGUUCUAAAAAUCGGUUGCCUGGGCGCUACGCAUCAUUCUUCCGCCUCGAUUUAUGCCAAAUUGGUUAAAAAAAUCGGAUAUCCGAUUUUUUCCGUCUAGACCACCUAAAUAACCGCCUAGCCGUCUAGGCGGCCGACUAAUCUAUUUUUUUUUGAUAUUUUUUCUUAAUUUAUUUGAUCUAAAAUUUUAUAAAUAUCAUUUAUAUUCAUAAUUUUAUGAAAGUUACACUAUAUUAAGUUUAUAUAAUUUAUUUGUGUGUUUUAUAUAGUUUUAAACAUGAAAUGUAUUAAUGUUAUACACAAUUAAAGAUUAACAUGUUUUAUAACAUAAUCUAUACUAAUAAAAGGGACCUUUUGAGGCUCCGUAGAGCGUCCACAUCAGCGAAAAAAAUUCUCCCGAAAUAUGACAUGUGGCAUUAUUAUUUAAAAAAUAGAAAAUAAAUAAUAAGUAA